UUUUAGAAAUCAAGUCAGUAUUGUUGUUUCAGCUGAUGCAAGAGAAAAGCCGGAAAAAUUGUUAUUUACAGUUUAUAGAUCAAAUUAUUUAUAGGAACUUCACGGGAAAAGAACGUAAAUCGAUUUUCCAGUCGUCACAUUAUGGCCGAGGAUGAAUUAGUGCCGUUUGACCCAAAUAUGAAAAAGAAGAAGAAGAAAAAGAAGAUGCCUUUCGAUCCGGAUGCAGGAACAGCUGUUGAUGGAGAGGUUGAGUCAGCUACUGAUGGAGCUCCAUCUACUCCCGUGACAGUAACAUCUACACCUCAAGAAGAAGUACCUGAUAAAAUAGAAGACGACAUGUCCCUUGAAUUUGGUGGCUUGAAAAAGAAGAAAAAAAGUAAAAAGAAGAUUUUAGAUUUAGAUGAUGUGGGAGAAUCUUUACCUAAUACAGACAACACAGAGGCACCUAAAAAUGAUGGUGGAGAUGACUUUAGUGAUGAUUUUUCAUUAGAUUUUCCAGCUCGUAAAAAGAAGAAAAACAGAUCAGUUGUAUUUGAUCAACAAGACGAUGAUGAUGAAAGUGGUAGUAGUAAGCUUAAAGAAGAUCUAGUUGGUGAUAAAACAUGGAGUGGAACAGACAGAGAUUACACAUAUGAUGAAUUAUUACUAAGGGUGUUUGAUAUUAUGAGAGAGAAAAACCCAGAGAUGAUUUCUGGAGAAAAGAAGAAAUUUGUAAUGAGACCACCACAAGUUUUAAGAGUGGGAACCAGAAAAUCUUCAUUUGCAAAUUUUACAGAUAUUUGUCGAUUAUUACAUAGGCAACCUAAACACGUUCUGGCCUUUUUAUUAGCAGAAUUGGGUACUAGUGGGUCUGUUGAUGGUAAUAACCAACUGAUUAUUAGAGGAAAAUAUAAUCAAAAACAGAUAGAAAAUGUAUUGAGAAGAUAUAUAAAAGAAUACGUGACCUGUCAUACCUGUCGUUCUCCAGACACAUUAUUACAGAAAGAUACCCGGCUUUAUUUCUUACAGUGUGAAACAUGCGGGUCUCGAUGUUCUGUGGCAAGCAUCAAAUCUGGUUUCCAAGCUGUAACAGGAAAACGUGCUGCUAUUCGUGCAAAGACUACAUAAAAAAAAAUCUCAAGUGGUUAGGAUGUAUGAAAAUUUUUGUGAUUGUUUAAAGCUCAAUUUUGGUUUGAGUGAAGUUUAUUUUUAUUAGAACCUUCAUUUAUUGGGUGAACUAAAGAUCAUUGAUUUUGGUGAAGUUUCAUAAUUAAUUAUUCAUUCAUUUGUGAAUUGGGACUUUUUCACAAUAAUUUUGACCUUAGCAAGUUUAUGUGGAUCCAGGACAUUAAAAUGGAUGGUUUAUGACAGGACUAAUAAAAGACCAUCAAAGAUGAAUGAAAGCAGUAAUUGAAUAAAAAUUUUAUCGUCCAAUUAAACAUAAUUAUGUAAAAAGUUAUUUUAUAUUAUAGAUAUGUCUGUAUAUUUAACUCUCUGUGUCUGUUGUAUUCAGAUGUUAAAAUUUCAGGAUAUUUAUUUUGAAUUAAUGACUUUUGAUUGUGUAUCUAAUUGCAAAGGUAAUAGUAACUGAAUUGUAAAUGUCAAUCCUGUUAAAGAUAUAGUGUUUUAAUAACCAUAUCUUAUCAUCUUAAAUAUAAAUAGAAUUUUGAAAAAUGUAAAUAAGAUUCCUAUUACACUGAAGACUUGAAACCUAAAUUGCUAUUAUAUAUUUGAAUUAUAUGAAUUAGAUAGAAUUAACACUGAAGAUACAAUUAAAGUUUAGUUUUAGUGCUAGAUUUUGAAAAUUCAUAUCCAACACAUGUUGAUAUUUAAACCACUUACACACCUACUUCAUAUAUAGAAAAUAAUUUUAUUUGGCUGAAUAUCUUGGUGGUGAGUUGACCAUUGAUAUAUAUAUAUCAUAUUUGAACAUAACAGGAGUAUUGGAAGUCAAUUUUAAUACUGCUAGCUGUAUACGGGGAAAUAACCUUGUAUUUAUUGAAGAAAUAAACUGUAUGAAUCUAAA